GCUUCCUUAUAGGUCUCAGGUUCCCCUCCGAAGCUUUGAGGUCUGGGCUACCCUGGAGGACAUGGCCUGGGGCCCUGACAACGUGCGGAGAUGGUCAACCCUGGCGCUGCUGGCCAUCAUGGGCACAGCUCUGACAGCGGCCAUCAACCCUGGCUUCGUGGCCGUAAUCACCCAGAUGGGUCUGGACUUCGCAUGCCGGGAGGCUGUGGCCGUGUUGCAGAAGGAGCUAAAAACCAUCAAAAUUCCCAACUUCUCUGGAGUCUUUAAGAUGAAGCACCUGGGAAAAGGUUACUACGACUUCCACAGUAUGACUGUGGACGGAUUUCACAUUCCUAAUCCCCAUGUCAAUCUGCUGCCCACCGAUGGCCUCCAGCUGUUCAUCAGGGAUGCUGGUAUCAAGAUCAGUGGAAGAUGGAAAUCAAAGAAGAACUUCUUCAAAGCCAGUGGCAAGUUUGGCCUGAGCAUCCAACGUGUCUCCAUAUCUUCUGACCUGAAGAUAACCAGGAACCCCUCAGGCCACCUCAAUGUCAAGUGUUCCUUCUGCAGCAGUCACAUUGGCAGGGUCCGUGUCCAGAUCUCAGGCAGCAUGCUGGGGUGGCUGAUCCAGCUAUUCCACAAGAAUAUCGAGACUUCCCUGAGAAAUAUCAUUUAUGAUAAGAUCUGCAGGAUCGUGAUCAACUCUGUGUCCACCCAGUUGCAGCCGUAUGUCCAGACUCUUCCAGUGAUAGCUAGAGUGGAUGAUAUUACUGCGAUUGACUACAGUCUACUGGUUUUGACAGCCACAACUGAGUUCCUGGAGGGGAAGCUAAAGGGGGAAUUUUUCUGGCGGGAACGCCGAAGCAUACUUCCUUUUAUCCCACCAACAAUGGAUUUUUUCCCCGACAAGGACCACAUGGUGUACCUGGUCAUCUCUGACUACUUCUUUAACACUGCAGGAUUUGCAUAUCAUGAGUCUGGAAACUUGAAAAUAACACUGAGGAACGAAAUGCUGCCAGAGGAUUCCAAAUUCCAUCUGAACACUGAGCUCCUUGGGAACUUUCUGCCCAAGGUGGCUCUGAUGUUCCCCAGCACAGAGAUACAGCUGCUGAUCUCCUCCUCCACGCCUCCACGCCUGCUCAUACAGCCCUCAGGCCUCUUGCUCCACCCUGCCAUGGAGACCCAGGCCUUUGUGGUGCUCCCCAACUCCUCUCUGGUCCCUCUUUUUCUGCUUCUCGUGAACACAAAUGCCUCUUUGGAAGUGGACGUUGAAGCAAACAGACUCGUUGGAGAGAUGAAGCUAGAAAAGUAAGCCUGUGGGGGCGGGAGGAGGCUGACACUGGAACUGAAGUCCUCUGCAUUUGGCUCCUUUAAGGUGGAGUUGCUGCAGGCUGUCCUAAACUACCUCAUGCCCACCAUAGUGCUGCCCAAGAUCAACGAGAGGCUUCAUAGAGGCUUUCCUCUCCCUUUGCCUGCUGGGGCCCAGCUCAACAACCUCAUGUUUCAGGCUUACCAGAAUUUCCUGGUGCUUGGAGCAGAUGUCCACCGGAGCUGAGAGAUCACCGCAGACUCUGGGCCUGGGAGCUCUGCAGCCGCUCCCAAGGGGGCCACUGCACUCACAGGACAGCCUGCUCCAGGAAUCCUUUCGUCUUUGGCCCUGCCCCCCAGCCCCUGCUCACUUCCCCAAGCUCAGCUCUAAAAAUAACCCAAGCCAGUGGAAGUUGAGCACAGAAAAAGAGGAAGGUUUGUAUGCCAGGGCUCCAUGCCUCUUUCAGCGCAGGCCCUCCAGCAUUGGCAUCUCUGCUGGAACUGUGACAUUACUUUGGGCUUUGCAAAAACACCUAUUUUUUUUUUCUUCCCCUGAGUAUUGUGUGUGCUGGUGUGGCUUCUUGUCUGUCCAUUAAUACACUCACUGGCUGUAGCCAGUA